UACCAGCCCCCCGGGGAAUCGAGAGAUUGUGGAGUUUGCAGAUGGGUGCGAAGAGCCGAGAAGCUGGCGAGCUCUAGUCAACCGUCUUAAAAGCCUCAAGAGUUGAUCUGCAUUGACUGUAUCCCUCCUCCGGCGGCAUACACUUCUCAUGCCUCUCCAGUCCGCGUAUUCCGAACCAUCCGACGACGAGCGACUACCGUCUCCUUCUGAGAGGCAACCGAGUGUUGAACAGGGCUCGCGGAGACGCAGCACGCGGGCGUGUGACCAGUGCCGUCGCACCAAGAGCAAAUGUGAGCGCGACAAGGGCGGUCCCGCCAGAAAGCCCUGCCGCGGGUGCAUCGCUUUAGGUUUACCAUGCACCUAUGCCGGUCCUAGUCAUAAACGUGGCCCACCCAAAGGGUACAUCCUGGCAAUUGAGCGCCGUCUUCACCAGGUCGAAGCGCUUCUGGGUACAAUUAUAGGUUCAGAGGAUCAGCGCGCCAGAGGCCUCAUCCAGGACCUGUCUCAAGAUGAGCUGGCGAGACAGAUAAUUCAACGAGUAGACGUUGGUCCGUUUGGCCCGAAGGGCCGCGUCGCUCACCCAUUUGGAUCUACGAAGGAAGACUUCCUAGCAUCCAUUAUGACUGGAGCAGGCGAGGAGGUCCAAGAAGCGCCCAAAGCUGAUGGAGCCUCUCCACGCUUCGAUAACCUUGCUCUGGUAAGUCCCAGUAGCACCUGGCAGGACAGUCUGCAGCGCCUCCUGCCUGGAGCUCCCGGGACGGUCUUCCCUCAGGCUGCCGUGGAUGUGCCGCCUCCGGGUAAUGGGUCGCCGGACCAUCGAACCAGACGUGCAUCGUUUCCCCUGAUGUCGAACCGUGUUUCUUCUCCAUGGAGAGUUCCAGCAGUCUCUCCCAUGAACUCGCUAUCGUCAUUGACGACGUUCCCUACGGUCUCGCCUGCGGAGCGUGUCCUGUGGGAUAAUAUUGAAGGCUUGGAGAAGAUUGACACUGAGUCUACAUCCUCCGACGAGUCCGAGCUCAAGGUGCCAGCUCGUGUGGAGGAUGUCUACAUCGAUGGCGACGCGCAGCUCCGCAUAGCCAACCGGGUCAGUGGUUUGCAAAUCCUCAACCAGUGUCGCAAAGUCCUGACAGGCGGUGGAGAAGAAAAAUCAUUCGACUGUCCAUGGCCAUCGACGGAUGCGGAGAGAGCGGCGGGCCCGCUCCCCACGUCGAAGGCGAUGCGACUUCCUCCGGAACAACAUCAACAUGAGCUUGUACGCGCCUUCUUUGAACACGUGUACCCCGCGUUCCCCGUUGUAAAUAAAGGACAGUUCCUGCGGCUGUAUCAUCAGAAAUUGAGCAAUGGUGUUCAAGUACCCCUUCACUCGAAUCUUGACCAGGCGUCGUUUGAUGUUCUCUUGCUAUCGAUGUUCGCGCUCUCAUACCGAUUCAUCAACACCUUCACGGAUGGUCUUGACUACGUUGCGGAGGCCGAGAGACUGCUAUCCUCCUUGCGCGGGCGAGCACAUACAUUUCUGUGUCAAGCCUGGCUACUGCUCGCCUAUCGUAACGUUGGAAUCGGUUGCUUGGAGGCCGGUUGGAUGCACACAGGUCUAGCCAUUCGUAUGGCCCAAGGCCUCGGUCUGCAUAGGGACACUCAGGGGCUCAUCUCCUCUGGCCUCACUUCUGAAGAGGAACGUGUGGCGCGGCAGCAAGUUUGGGCCGGGUGCAUAAUCGCCGACAGACAUCUCUCCGUUCUUCUGGGGCGACCAACUAUGAUCGACCCAGCAGACUGCGACGUUCCACCCAUAGCCAUUAGUCAGGAUAAUGCUUUGCACCUUCAAACCGAUCUCGGCCUUGGGUCAAGUCGGGUGGGAAACUCGAUUAUUCUGACGUGUUUCAAUGCUUCGCGCGCGCUGGCGGUCAUUAUCGGCGCUGUCAUAGAUCAGCUGUAUGCCAUCUCGCGCCCGACAGAUGCUGUUCUGGAGCUCCGCGCGAAGCGGUUGGAACACCAACUCUCCCAUUGGCAGCAAACGUUACCGGCCCAAGUGCAAGUUCAGGCGCUGAAUACUCUCCCACCGGCAUGCGUGCUUGAGUUGCACAUUCGUUAUUGGUGGACGGUGAUAUUGUUAUAUCGCUCAUUCGUACAAGCGCCUCUGGUCAAAGACUUCUACUCCAGCCUUGAUAGUAUUCGAUCGAAGGCGCUUGCUCUUUGCCGGGAUGCUUCGACCCAGUUGUCUGCCCUAGGUGUGUACCAACGCUUCAUGCAAGUCCCGUCUGACAGCCUGCCUUGUUAGCGUCUAUGCUGUGCAACCAGGUGCCGGAGCCCGGGUCUCCGUUCUUACCGGGUUAUAUCCUGUCUUCCGGGUAAUUUUCAUAUCUUUCUUGCUGUCUUUUGAGGCUUACCAGCUCCUUGAACGUCCAGCAUCACCGAUAUAUUGAUAUUGAGUAUCAUUCAUGACGACCACCAAGCGAAUAUAAGGCUUCAUGGA